AUGUCCAAUGAAGCCCACGGAGAACAGAGUCACAAUGAGAAGACGGAGAAAGCCACUGGGCGUGAACAGGGCCAGAGUUCUGUUCUGGACAUCCCGAAACGAGGAAAGCCGCAGAAGCGCUCUUCCCAAAGCAAAAUGAAAGCCCUCCAGGAGGAGUCCCUCAAGAAGAUGCAAGACCUCAUUGCGCAAGAAAUGGAAGACCGACCGCGAUCGAGCUUGUCCGAUAGGGGUUGGAAGAAGCAUCGUUCCAAGACCACCAUCAUUUCGGCACUUAUGACAUUCGUCGCCAUCUUCCUCGUGGUAGCAUCCGUCGUCUUGAUGAAGCUUCGUUCGAAACGCACGGAAACUAAAGUUGAAAUUCGCUCAUGCACGAGGCCCGACUGCCUGCUCCACAAGUACGUGCUCACCAAAGGAAUUAACACCAGCGUGGAUCCUUGUUCCGACAUCACCGCUUACGUUUGCUCGGGAUUAAAGCGUGGUCGCGAUUACCCCAACGAGAUGGGCCUCAUUCGUCGCUGGGAUGAAAAGGGCGCGGACUACUUGGAAAGAAACCAAUUUCAUUUCAAGGCCACGCAGAAGGCUGCCGCCAUGUACAGAAGCUGCGUGAAGCAAGGGCACGCGAACCUGACGAGCGCCGUCAUCGGUUUCCUCAGAGCCCGUGGAUUGCAUUGGCCCAACGAGGAAUCAAGUACGGUAGACCCUUUGGACGUCGUCUUGGACUUGCUGGUCAACUGGGGAGUCCCAUUUUGGUUCGAAAUUAACCUUCGAAAGCUACCUUCGCAGACCAGACACAGUCUUUCCAUCGGCCCCGUUUACAGUCGUGCGUUGUUGGUUCAGCGAAUUAAAAUACUCCGAAAACUAGAUCAACAGAGUAACUACGCCACGCGCUUCUACAACCUAUAUGGAUAUGAAGUGAGCCCACGAGAUCUUCAAGCGCGCCUGUUAACGGAAGAAAGCAUUCUAACGGCAUUGGAGGAGGCGGUGGGCAAUCGAAGCAGUUCAUCGAGAAGAUUACCGCUGUCCGCUUUCGGCCAGGUUACACCAAACAUUUCUCCCCGCCGCUGGCUGAGGUGUCUCAACAACAAUUUACACCCGCACGUGGUGCUUCCGGAAGACACGGUGUUUCUCGAGCGUUGGGCCCUGUUGGCCCAAGUCAGUGUCCUGUUCGGAAGCUUCAACAACAGUCAGCUUUUGCACACACUUGGCUGGUGGUUCGUCCAAGAAUACUCUCUGCUUGGUUCACCCGAGGCGUUGCUUUACAUGUACGGCCACAAGGAGAUCGCGGAUGCCAAAUACCGCCUGGAUUGCUACACCACAGUCGAGAGCCGCUUUCGGAAUCUGCUCUGGUUGGAGAGGACGCCGAAAGAAGCAAUGAUCAGAGUAAAGCGCAUGCUACUGAACAUUCUGAAGCAUACGGCGAUCCUGUUAAACAGCAGCGCCUGGCUGGAGUCGACGGCAAAACUGGAGGCCACUGAGAUUCUUGAGAGCAUAACUUUGAAACCAUUAGACAUGUUUUUGCGAGCAGGCGAUCAAAUCCUCGCCGAGUACAAUCAAUUUCAGUCACGUUCGCGGUCUUUCAUCGAAUACUGGAUUGAGACAGCCAUGGAGCACAAGAACGUCACGAGUAACUGGCCUUACGAUGACACACUGUUGACUCGAAACGUUCGCUAUUCUCCUGUCGUCAAGUAUGCCUACUUUUGGAACAGCAUAUUCGUGCACAUGGCUGCCUUGGCUUCGCCAAUCUUCUACGCUCACGGAAUGUUCUCUGCCAAUUACGGUGGCAUUGGCGCUCUGAUCAGUCGAGAAGUCUUCCGAAUAUUCGACAAACACGCCAUCGCUUUGGACGUCUUCCGUAAGAACCACUCGUGGAUGGCUGAGGUAUCCAAGGGGGUGCUGAAAGCGAAGAAAGCCUGCUUCAAGGCUCAGCACGCGAGGCUUUCCGACACCGCAGCUCUGCUCAUCGCCCACAGAGCCUACAAAUCGGCCGUGCAAAGUCCGAAUUCCGACACGUACGCCGAAGACCUCGGAGACAACCUCACGUCAGGUCGAGUGUUCUUCCUGACCCACUGCCGAACCAAGUGCACAGCGUAUCCUAAGAUGAAGAGCUGUCACCACGAUGUUCGCCACCUCAAAGCCUUUGGCAAAGCUUUUCGCUGCGGCAAGAACUCUCCGAUGGUCUCCCCUGCCAUGUGCUCCAUUUUCUGA